GUGAGGAGAUCUGGUACUUCCAGGGUUUCUUUAUUGAAAGGAGAAAAAAAAGGGGGUCUCCUUCCAGAGGGUUCGCGGCUGGCAUCAUGGCAGAAAGGGCCUUCAUGAAUCCCUAUCCAGAUUAUAAUAAAUCCCAGGCCAUGGAAUACUUUGAUGCUUAUGGGAGGCUUACUUCGGAGUUCUUACACCGUAUAAACAAUAAGAUUCGAGACCUACUUCAGCAGAUGGAAGUAGGCCUAAAGUCAGCUGACCCUCGGGACUGCACCAUCUACACUGGAUGGGCAGGCAUUGCUUUACUGUACUUACAUCUCUAUGAUGUAUAUGGAGACCCAGUCUACUUACAGAUGUCCCAUGAAUACGUAAAAAAGAGUUUAAACUGCCUGACCAAGCGCACCAUCACCUUCCUUUGUGGGGAUGGUGGCCCAUUAGCAGUAGGAGCAGUAGUCUACCACAAGAUGGGGAAUGAGAAACAAGCAGAGGACUGCAUCACUCGCCUACUGCACCUGAAUAAGCUUGACCCCCGAGCUCCUGAUGAAAUGCUAUAUGGACGAAUGGGUUAUGUUUAUGCUUUACUUUUUGUGAAUGAGAACUUUGGACAAGAAAAGAUUCCUCGGCACCAUAUUCAACAGGUCUGUGAAAUGAUAUUAUCAUCAGGUGAGAAUCUUGCCAGAAAGAGAAACUUCAUUUCAAAGACACCACUGAUGUAUGAAUGGUAUCAAGAAUAUUAUGUAGGGGCUGCCCAUGGACUGGCAGGUAUUUACUACUACCUGAUGCAGCCUUGCCUUCAGAUAAGCCAAGUGAAGUUGCAUAAUGUGGUCAAGCCCAGCAUUGACUAUGUCUGCCAGCUGAAAUUCCCUUCCGGCAACUACCCUCCAUGUGUGGAUGAUUCCAGAGAUCUCCUUGUCCACUGGUGCCAUGGGGCCCCUGGGGUUAUCUACAUGCUCACUCAGGCACACAAGGUAUUCAAAGAGGAGAAAUAUCUUACUGAUGCCUUGAAAUGUGCUGAUGUGAUCUGGAAGUUUGGAUUACUCAAAAAAGGAUAUGGGCUGUGCCAUGGUGCUGCAGGGAAUGCAUAUGCUUUCCUGACAUUAUACAACCUCACCAAUGACUUGAAAUAUCUGUACAGAGCUUGUAAGUUUGCGGAGUGGUGUUUAGAUUAUGGAGAACAUGGAUGCAGGACUCCUGAUACACCUUUCUCCCUUUUUGAAGGAAUGGCUGGGACAAUUUAUUUCCUGUCUGACCUUCUUGUUCCAGCAAAAGCCAGAUUCCCAGCUUUUGAAGUGUAAAAGGCUAAACAUGUCCUUGCAUCUCACUGCAUGCUCAUUGCUACAUAUGCCAACAUUAAGCUACAGUGAGUCCAUUGCUUUUCACCCUCCUUUCUCAACUCAGGAGACCAAACUUUGUGUUUAAAUAAUUGGUCUUUUCCACACUAAUCUGCUUGAUAUCUUUUGCGGCAUUUUCUUUUACUAUAGAAGGGUCAGAGAAAAAAUACCUUUUGGUUAUUUUCCUAAAAGGGGGUGAAAUGUACGGUAUUUUGUUGGAAACAUGUAUAUUUCAGAACUCGUAAGAAACUACUCAUUAUUUAAUAUUUUCAAUGUGGUUUAAUGUUCAUACAGUUCUCAUUAAAUAUUCAUUUUCCUUUGGACUAUAGAAAAGAUACUAUAGCCCAUGUGUGGGGAAGGGGGCAGAGAUAUAUUUCCUCUGGAAAAUUGCAGAAGAAGCCACAAGCUAGACCAAGAUAUCCGAAUGCCUUUUUUAAAUUCACAUUGUCUAUUCAGAGUUUAUUUAAUGCAUUCAUCUUUUUAUUAGUGGAUAUAAGCUAGCAUUUUUAUAGAAUUCCCAAAUUGAAAAAAAAAUUAUAUAUGAUAAUCAAUCUAAAAUUUUUACUGUAAUGUUUUGAUAAAGUUCAAAGUAUGCUAAUAAUUAUAUGUUUAUUAUUUUUGGCUCUAGGUAAAUGUUCUGAAUUUUGGAAUGCUCAUUAAAAGGUGGAUGUUUUUAUCAUUAC